CGGAGUGCGCAAGCAGUCGCCGGGGCGGACGGAAAUCGUUAGAUCCGCAGUCGGCUGUGGUACCAAGGGAAGGAGGGAAGAGCCAGUGGGAGAGGAGGAUCGCCAGUGGAACAUUUCCUAGCCUUUCAGCAGCUGCAACGCAACUACUGCAUUGCCAUCGUCGUUUCGUGGCUGACCCCCAUAUCGUGGUGGUUUUUCCCUGAUCGUAGAUUCCAGCUUGCGUUUCGGGGGGGAUAUUAGGCGGUCUCCGUGUGUGACGGUGCUCAUCGCGGUCUGUUCUGAACGGGACGGAGUGUGCGUCAAGAAGGCAGGUGCGGACUGUAGCGGAUCUCUGGGCCCAAGGACGCCGCCGGAGCAGGCGGAUCGCCUCUGCUCUGCACUCGUCAAUGACGGCCGUGCCUACGCCAGGGCGACUGGAAGAAGGCGGCGACGAAGGGGUGUCGGCGGCGUGUUGUUACGUGAGGAGCGAGCCGCGGCGGUUACGGUGUCCCACGAGCGGCAGCAGCAGGGAAGCGGCGUGCGGCGAGAGGUUCGAAGGUAGCAGCGCUACGGAUCGCGGUUGGAGGAGCUGGUGACCGGGCGGCCAUGUUUAGCUUCCACAAGCCCAAGAUCUACCGCUCUGCGCUCGGCUGCUGCAUCUGCCGAGCCAAGUCGUCCUCAUCGCGAUUCACUGACUCCAAAAAGUAUGAGGCCGAGUUUGCGCGCUGCUUCCGCAUUGUGGCUGAGGAUCGCCGCUCCGGCGAGAUCUGCAAUGCCUGUGUGCUUCUGGUCAAGCGCUGGAAGAAGCUCCCACCCGGUACCACCAGAGACUGGCAUCAUGUGGUUGACGCGAGGGCAGGGCCCGGGACGAAGUCGGUGAACAAGGGCAAGGUGAAACCGCCAAAGCGGCCGCUCAAGAAACACCAUCGACUGACUGCCGAGAAGCGGUGCAAGCUCGACCUCAGUGGUGGCGCCCUAUCGGAUGACAUCACCAUCGGCGAUGAGAGCCUGAGCGAGUCGUCGAUGCCGUCGCCGCCGGAGAGCCGGGCAGCCAGUCCAACGCCGAGCAACUCGUCCGAAGACUCUGGCAUCCUGGACGAGGACGAGGAAGAGUACGACGACGAGGACCGCCGGCGGAGCUGUCGCACAAUGAAGCCACGGCCAUCAAAAAAGAAGAAGAAGAAGCGGAAGCAGCGAGGCAGCGGGAGCGGCCGCAGGGACGACUACGUGGUAGACUCGUCUGCCAACAGACGGGGCAAACUGGCAACGCCGUUCAAGAUCUCCUCGUUUCUCGACAUGAGCUUCUGGAGGAAGGAGAAGGUCUGCUGCGGCAUCAUCUUCAAGGGCCCGCACGGCGAAGUGUUGAUCUAUCCCAAGCUCCUCCGGCCCUGCCGAUGCAGACGGCGGCGCCUGAACACCGCCAAGGUGCCCGAAGACGCCGCCGACAGUGGCACCCGUCUCGCGGCAGAGGACACCGAUGCGUCGACAAUGCCAAUAAACGCCGCCUCACCGUCCUCUGUCGCGGACUCAUCCGUGCCGGUGAGCGCAAUGCUGACGAUGCCCGAGGCAUCGCCAACGGACGACCUGGGCGCAUCCGCGGCACUCCUCUUUCCCACACCCGAGAUGUCGGACUGCAACCCGAGCAGUCCCGAUGCCUCUGAAAACCUUUCGCGCGGUUCCACCUCACCAGACGGUGCCAGCGAUUAACGUUGGCUUAUACCUUAGGUUGUCCCACAAAUUCUUUUUGUUUUUUUUUCUCUCUCUUACAUCUGUUUUCUGUUUUGUAUUUAUUUCCUCCCCUUCCCUCCCUUGUUCCCCUUGUUAGAUUCAUCCUCAUUUCGUAAUCUCAGCUGUAUAUUCUCACCUCCCUGACAUACCCAGAUACCCCAGUCCCUCCAGACUUGUUAAUCACGCCCUGCACUCUGACCCUAAUUUAUUGCUCUUAAUUUAUUCCCUCAUUAUGACAAAUGCCAGUUGUUUUUCUUCGGUUGUCAUGCUCGGUUUAGAAAAGCUUCUUUGGGUGGGAAUUGUGGCACAAGCUUUACUAUGUUUUCGACCUAUCGCUUCUGUACCUGUGUUUUUUUAAGCUCCGCAUGCGCGUUAUGCUUCAUUUACGUUCUUUUGCAUGUUUGAAACAUCCGUCUUUGAUGUGCCUUUUUUUUUUCCUUAGCGCAGCACUGUAUCGUCACAUAUGGAGUGAGGCUUGGUGAACGAGCUUCAGUGCUGCUGCUAUUUUCUGAACUUUUCUGUGUCGGUCAUGUUCUUUCUAUAACGUUGUGGGUUUGACACUACGUCACACCGUGUCUCAGUUCUUGUUUCGUUCGCACCCCGUUGUUAAAUUUGACAUUUUAUCCAACUUUGCGAAUGAACUUCGAUCGGUUUUGACGCCCGAGACAUUACGGAGGAAGAUCCGCAAAGUUUUAUGCCGUAAUGGAACGUCACGUCUGGAAGCUCUUGUUUUAGAAUACGCGUGGAUAACUCAUGAUUCGCAGUUCACCCCGGCAUCAUUUAGAGAGAACUGUUUUGUUUUUGGUGUAAACGAACAGAGGAAAUUCGCAAUUGCGCAUUCUGCCCAGUACACUUCCACACGUUUCAUUGCUUCGACUCGGACCAAUUUUAAAAGCCACGUCGUUUCUUUCUUUUUCGCUUUUAAAGCCAACGAGCGCAGUUUUCGAACAGUACAUUCCAAGCCUUGCAUAAAGAAGUCUGUGUUUCGUUAAUGAAAUUUCUUUCUGCUUUUUGAGUUUGCUGGGAAAGUAAUAUAAUGCCUGUACAAUGAAUUGCUACGUCAGGCUUUAUUUUCAUGUAAUUUUGUGCCCGGUUGUGUAUCUUUGUUAUGUUUGCAGGCCGUUGAGUACCUCAAAUGUCCGGAGGGGUUAUAACAUGUAUCUUUUUUCGACUUUACCUUUGAGAGCAGUAUGGUGGAAUCAUUUCAUUUCAGUAACAAAAAAAAAAAAAAGAUACAGGGAGCUGCACUCGCUCAUGUUAUGUUGUCAUUCACUUCUUAUUGUGAUGACAAGUACAUCAAAGUGGUGAGGGAGGAAGAGUGCGCAUCACUUCUUCAUCGGGGGGUCGUUUUGUUCUCUGGCGACGUCGUGACGUGAUGGCGAUCGCGGCUUAUGUCCCCAGCGUUUUUGGUUCAGCUGCGGUGGGUUUACUUCCAUACCCGCAACCCGUGAAGCAGUAUUUCACCAUCUAGUUGGUUCCUCACCAGCUCCUUGGCUGUCACCAGCCUUGCUCACCACAAAUAUGCACAAUUCCGACAGGAGGCGAAGAAAGUGGUUGCACCGAAUCCCGUGGAAAACGCCUUGUUUGUCCCAAGACUUGUCCUGAACAACGGCGUGGUCGUCCUUCGUGGAGAGGGGAAAAAAAAGGAAGAGGUGUGGCAUGCAGGAUUUUUUACCUACAAAUUGAAGGGAUGCAAGGCGAGCGGUCGGAGUGACGGGCGCAUCGAGUUCCGUCACUCUCCUUGGCACCCUUUCCCGUCGCGGAAGUUGGUAUAUUGCUCCGCUGCAAUGGAAUAUGCAAGCUUUCUACGUGCUCAUUAUACCACCACCAUGCUCUGCGGACUUGCCUCCGGGCGAGAAGGCGAAGGCCCCUCGAUCGGCGCCCUGUCAGCAGGCUGUGAUUUGCCUCAGCCGAGCUGGCUCGCGUGACGAGGUUCCACAUUUUUGUCGAUCUGAGCUCGAACUCAUCGUCCUGUCUUCCUCCUGCAGAUCACAAAUGCAUAAAGGGGUGUCGUAGAGGCUGCUAAGCUCGAAAUCUCGCGGUGCCUCGGAACACCGUCUCAGAUGCGUUUCCGCCUGGGCUCGCGAGUUGCGGGGAGGCAGAUGGCUCAAACGUUGAGCGCACCUCUAUAACCGAAGGCGCGGAUGAAUUUAAUUUUAUUCUAGCUCUUGUUUUCCCAUCUUUUUCGACCGCGAAUAGAAAAUUAUGCAGAACUGGUCACCACGCCUCGUUGUCGAGGCGAGUCGGAGGGCUCAGGGAGUCUUUACAAAGGCAACACCACCACAUAACACAUUUUUUCCAUUUUUGUACUCUAGUCAGAAGGAAAGUCGGUCCGCCGUCACCAGGUGGCGGAGGUGUGGACAAAAAAAAAAACUGUCUCAUAUGAGACGCACCCUGCUGAGUUGAUGAGGAGUAACCUAAGCACCGAUGUUGCUCACAGCAAGCGUGACCGUAAUGGAUCAUGGUAGAGAAUUGGGGAUGACCGGAACUUGGGUUGGCAAGAUUGUGGACGCUGGGUUUUUUGGGGGGCAUCAAGGACUGGCAUAGGUGUGGUUUGGCAGGUUUGUGCGGCUGACUGUAUUUUUUUGAAGAUGUGCCGUGUGUGAUGAGCAUCUCAGAGACUGCUUGCAGUUUGGUGUUCCUUCCUUCGGUGUAGUUCUCCCUCCGCUAAUACAGUUUGCUGCAAGUCUGAAAUUUUCUGCCCUGAAACUUACGACCUUUGAUGUGCAGCAUUUCGUUGAUGCUGUAGAUUAGGUUGUUCUUGCUCGGCUUUCUGUUCAACUCUGAUUCCUAAAUCUUGGUUUGGAUGUGAGCAGGUGGUGCUCAAUCACGUGCAGGAUUGUCUCAAUGCCUUGUAAAACGAAGCAACAAGUCAUCAAAAGUUACAAGUGCAAAGCUUUGUUGCCUCCCUUUUUGCUACAUUUGGCUACAGCCUCAUUGUACGAGCAACACUGCGGAUAUUCUUGUUAAACUGUCAAGACGACCUUUGCGGUGAAAUCAACCACUCGCACCCGAGAAAACUGCUGGCGGCCGCUGCGAGUCACUUGCCGUACCUGCACUAAAAAAAAAAAAACGCCGACUCAGUUGUUUUGUUGACGCCACCAAGUACAACAUCUUGUGUCCGCAUCAGCUGCAUAAUCUCAUCAAAAUUGGGAAAAACAGCUGAAACGCUAAUGGCUCGUUGGAAGGUUCACCCUGAAAGGCCCUCGGUCGUUGGGCGAUUGUGCCCGCAACUCCGGGGGGUGUGUGUUGUAGUUCGGCUCUCGUAGCUAGUGGAUGCCAUGUGCUGUUUUCUCUUCUUGACCGUUGUUGUGCGCUGUUUUUCUCCGAAGAGUGUUUCGCAUUUCCCUGCGGUUGUUGAAAAAUCUAUGCCCAGCCCCCCUUUGUGAGUCGUUGGUGUUGUGGUGGUAAACGGGCGAGCUUUUUCGGAGAGGUCUCGACACGUGUCGGCCAACCCUGAGGGUGCGUUGCUGUGUGGAUUUAUUUCCUCGUUUGACGCCUCAAAGGCCAUCGGCCUGAUUGUGCUGUAGUGACUAGGCGGGAUGGAAUUGUGUUGCGUCACGAUCGUGACGUUCGCACUUACAUCUGUCAUGCUCGUGACACAUUCAUUUCGUGCAGUUUAGUGCCGCAUUCUGCAAGUUUAAACUGGACAUCGUAAUAGUCCCAAUUGUCUUAAUGUUGCGAAGCAGCAUAUCUUUUAAAAACAUUUCAUGAUUGCAGGCGGUAUGUAUUUGUUCUGAACUUCAUUAAUUCGGAUGGCACACUAUAGUCUAGUGUGUGGAGAAAGUUGCUAAAAGUUAGCUUAUGUUUGUUCUACACUCUUUACAGAAUGCAUAUUUGACAAUAAGAGAGAAAAAUGAUCAAAUAUGUAAGCGUGGCUGCUUUGCGACUUAGUCUAGCAGCACAGAUUAAACUGUAUUGGCACAGUCGCCUUGAAGGGCUGAACGGCCAGCCGAGCACCUCUCCAAAGGAAUGAAAGAAAGCUGCAUGGUUUUGACAAGAUAGUCGAAUGGAUGAGAAUGUUGUUGUGAGCUAGUCGGGAAGUCACUGCCACUUUUUUCUAAGACGUAAAAAAAAAAAGAGAAUCCCAAAGCCCACGUUCUACCGCGCUUGUUCUUGCCGACUGGCUAAAAAAGUCGUGGUUGCGUGUGUUUGGGAGGCCCAGGUGUUCUUUCCAAGGCGUUUUUUUUUUCUUCUUCAUAGCAAUGUGUGCUCUGUAAUCGUGUGUGACCAUCCCCAGUUGUUAAUUAGUCCUCUGGCUGCAUUCCAAUGUGCAGCGUUGCUGUCGUACGAUGUAAACCCCUCGUCGUGUGUUGUUCAUUCAUCCCAUGACAGAAAUGCAUCCCCUUGCUUAGCUUCUAAUGCUGAAAAUUUCUUGUGUUGUGGUGUAUGCGAUGACACAGGGCCAAAACCGAGUGCAGAACCUAGAUUGCGUACGCUUGCUUCAUCUACUGCCUGAAAUUCGAUGCAGUGAGUGAUUCACGCACUCGAAAUAGCCCAAAUCAUGCUCUUUUUAAAUAUUUUUAGGAAUCAUGAAUGCUUACACUUUCUUUUCUUUUGUUCCUUCUGUGUUUAUUGAUCAGUUUCGUACCGAAACGAUCAUGUGUGAUUACUGCAAGUGACUUGCAGUAUUUGUGUGUCAUAUGAGUGCAAAGUACAUUGAUUGUUAAAACUUGUUUGCUGUGUUAAUGGCUUGUGUGGAGUACGAAGCUGCGUUUUACAACCGCACGCACUUUGCUGCUUGUUGCACAUAACGCUGGUGGAAAUUUGUUUCCGGUGACAACCAACGUAGCACAAAGCGUAGGUUUCCUGCAUAAUUUGGGCCUUGUGUCAUUCCGCGUUGUAAUGCUGCGGUCUUCCGGUGAUGUGUAACCUUGGCUGCAAGCGAAAUUUCCUCGUUGUUUAAGACGCGGAUUACCUCUCAACACGUGCAGCAUUAGCUGUGUCAUGAUCCUGCCCCACGUAUGGGCUUUCUACUCUUCAGUAUCUUUCAGCCGUGCUGAGUUGCUCAUGUGGCAUUCGUAAAACGAAGAAGAUGCACACUAACUGGAGAGUUGGUAGGCUCUAAUAAAUGUCGGGCAUCGGGCCGAUGCCGUAAGGGACGAGAAUCGCACAGCAGAUCUCUGAAGGCUUGGCCUUUAGGUCUGGAAGUCCAAAGCUCCGACCAAGUUGCUCACUCAAAAAGGACGUUAAAACAUAAGCUUUGGACGCCUGGAGUACCAAAUAUGUCACUGUUGAAGAGAUGGGAGGGUAGGCUAAUACAGAUAGACAGAAGAUAGGUGGCGCCACCACCUUUGAAAUUUUUGCACUGGCACCCCGCAUGAUAUUGAUAGACAUGAUUAUGUUUUUCUGGCGAGUUUCUCAUUGUUCUGGCAAACAUGACAGUUUUCCAUUAUUCUGGUGAAAAUGACAGUUGUCUGGUGUUCCAGUGAACAUGACAACUUUCCGGUGUUCUGGUGACCAUAGCGUUAUCACGGAUCUUGAUGGCAUCUGCGUGAGCUUAACUCUUUAUCACUGAAUGAGAGAUAGCAUGGAAAUCCUUGUGUGCAUAAACCAAACUUCAAUUCCUUUUUUCAUCGCUUAAUUUUUAAAGAAGAAAGUUAAGCAAACUCUCUCCAAUGGUAACUGAUCUCCAUGCCAAAAAAUUGUGAAGAGUUGCAAAAGCUUGCCCGUCUAAGGUCAGUUUGAUGCUUCUCUCUAGCAUCGCGUUAAUGAAACAUCUGAUCUUGCAGCCAGGUUUUCACCUUGCUUCAGACCGAUGCAUUUAACAUACAGUGUGUCUCCUGUUAAUCGCUUUCGCUUGGUGUACGUCUCCUGCAUGCUGCGAUACCCUCCCCCCAUUCUUUUCGCCAGAUUUUUUUCUCACAAUUUUUGCGGUUCGUUCCUAUUUGUAGAUAGCAGACAUGAGUUCUAAAACGGGCUGUGUCAUGACCGCAGAACCUCAUGUGGUACUUAAGGGCAUUGAAAGAAAAAAAUAUAUCACAGAUUGUUGUCAGGUGCAUUUUUUUACCCCUGUCUGUGCAUAAUUUUUUUUUUUCACUUUCGAAGUGCAAUUCACCUUUUAGUAUAUUCUUGAGGGUGAGAAUGUUCAUGUGUGUACAUUUACCUGGUUAUUUUUUUUUUCACUUGUUUGCCGGCCUAGUGUUUGUUGAGCUGCCAUCUUGCAUUGUGAAUAUACAUUGGAGAGGUCUAUUUUUUUUUUGUCACUUAUUUAUGCUGGAAGCGUUUUACAAGCUGACCAACUUUUGCAUGGAAUUUUUAUCUCAUUUUUUGUUUGUCAUCACUUCACAUCUCGAGAUGAUUCUGAAUGAGAUGAAUGAAAAUGCAAUAACAUUGUGACAAAUGUUUUUUGUUGGUUCGCUGUAGACCAAGAACUGCACGCCAUGUGCUUAUAUGUUGUGUCUAUUUCCCAUCUUCUCUUAUUUGUAAUUAACAUCUCAUUGUUUUGAGGCCUGCACGUUCCUUUCUUUUUUGAGUUUUACGACAUUUGGCCCCAGGCAAUUGCUCUCUACACACAGCACUCGGGCCUUCGUGCAUAAACGAACGCAUUAUAUGUUGACACCAUGCAAAAUGAAAUGUGAUUUGCCCUUCUCCACACCGCAGCUCAAAUCGCGCAGGCCCGGCUGUUUGAACGAGCCUCUCGUCAUUUCAUUCCUCCUCUUUCCCUUUCAUUCCUUCUCGAAUUCAACAGCACUUCAUUGUAUUUCUGUCCCCCUAGUACUUGUAAUCUGCCUACCUGACACCAGGUGGUAUGAACUGCGGAUAACCCGGUGAUUCGCGUUGUGCACGCUUGUGACAAUGUCGCGAGGUGCAUGUGUCACGUCUGUGACACUCUUUGUCCUACUUCCUCGAGUGUAAAUUGUUUCUCGCGUCUCGACCGUGUGUCAUGUGUUAUCGCCCAUGUACAUUCGUUCGGACGGUUUUUUGCACCCCAGCUUGGAGAUGGCCUGUGAUUGUGCGUCUUAAAGAGAAACAAUUUGCACCUCCUUCGUGUGUUUCGAUUGUGUUUGGUGUAUUCUUAAUGUGAAUGUGUGCAGUUGGGCGCAGGCUACAGUGGGGUUUUCACAUAGCAGCGUCAUCUGUAGUUGAAAUUAAAAAAUUUAAAGCUCGCGCAAUUUUUCUGUUGGCCGGUGCAUCAACUACAGAGUACAAGAACACCCUGCUUCUUGAUUUAUUGCAUUCUUUAGACAUAAAAGAGAAGGAACAGGGGUUUCACUGGAGCCAAAAUUUCGACACAUGGUCUUGUUCAUUUCAAGAUAGCAAGUAAGAGUUAUUUUUCACUUUAAAAGCAGUUGCACCCUUUGCCCCGCCACGGUGGUCUAGUGGUUAUGGCGCUCGACUGCUGACCCGAAGGUCGCGAGAUCGAAUCCCGGUCGCGGCGGCUGCAUUUUCGAUGGAGGCGAAAAUGUGUGAGGCCCGUGUACCUAGAUUUAGGUGCACGUUAAAGAGCCCCAGGAGGUCGAAAUUUCCGGAGCCCUCCACUACGGCGUCUCUCAUAAUCAUAUCGUGGUUUUGGGACGUUAAACCGCAGAUAUUAUUAUUAUUAGUUGCACCCUUUUUCUCACGCAGCAGUAAUUGUCAAUCUUUUCUUUUUGCGCGUUUUCUCCCUUACCAAUCGCCUUCUCACAGCAAGCAUGGCGAUUUUGGUAUUGUGAAAAAGAGUAAUUUACUAAUACGAGAAAAAACGUUAUCUUUGGUGUCCCUUUAACGCCCAUGCACCAGGAAAUUCCAGGUUACGAACGUAGCGCACGCUUUCAGUGUAAUGGUAAAGUAGCAAGCAUCAGUAUUGGCCAUUAAAUUAGACCAACAGAGGGUGCUGCUGCGUCUUAACCACGUGUCAGCCAAGCACCAUAAUGCUCCCUGGUGAUGUGCCACGCUGCACUGCAUUUUCUCGUUUGACCUGCCCGGUCAUAGCGAGUAUGUGUGCUUUCUCUUAUCGAUGUUUCCCUACUGUCCACAUUAAAAUUGAAUGCGGUACCAUUGGAUUAUUGGUGUGAGCGUGGAUGUAGCGAGUGUUCAUAACUUUUUUUUUUUUGUUCCCCCUUCAUCGUAGUCAUACCUCAAGUGGUCGUAGAAAUAAACAUACAUCUCAUGUCAAGAA